UCUCGUACGCAGCAGGCAGCAUAGUGUCGGCCGGUGAUGCGUUUUAGUUCCGACGCGUCGUCAAACCGUCAUCACAGCUGAUAGCGAUGAAUCCAAAUCAACACAGUGGUCCCGGUCCACCGUCAGCUAAAGCAAUCGCAACAGUUUCAAUGAAUUCAACGACAGGACAGCAUAAUUCGUAUAUGGGAAUCGGUGUGAGUGGUGGUGUUGGUUACGGUGCGGUUGGUGUUGAUCAAGUUGACGCUUCGAUAAUGGCGGCAAAGACAUUUGCAACAAAGUGUGCAACAACAGCAACAACAACAACCACAUAUGGCGGCAUGAAAAGUGCUUACGCGAGUGCAACACCCAAUCUGGGGACGAUGACAACAAUAACUACAACAACAGCAACAGCAACUAAUGGUAGCUGCAGCAGCGGUGUUAUAAGUGGUGGUGGUGGUGUUGGCGCUGACACGCCCUUUGCCAUGACAAAUGGGUGUGCCAACAACAAUAGCACUAUGAGCAGCGGCAGCAUUAGUAACAACAAUGCCGGCAACAAUCAUUCUGCGCCACCGCCCGUUGCGCGUACAAUCUCGUCAGAUCGUCUGGUGACGGGGCCUUCAUGCAAAGCACUCAGAACUGCGGUGUCAGCACUUUACUCCGUUGAUGACUUUGUCAAGGAGAAAAUUGGCUCUGGAUUCUUCUCCGAAGUGUUUAAGGUGAGUAUGGAAAGAAAAAUAAAUAAUGAAGAGUUAAACUUAUCUAUACAUAUAUACAUAGCCCAUGGCGGCUAG